CCCGAGAGGCCCGGCCCGGCCGCCCGAGCAGGCCGCGCGCGGGCCGCCGGGCCCGAGGCCGGAGCCAUGGGCGAGACCAAGAUCAUCUACCACCUGGACGGGCAGGAGACGCCGUACCUGGUGAAACUGCCGCUGCCCGCCGAGCGCGUCACCUUGGCGGACUUUAAGGGCGUUCUGCAGCGACCCAGCUAUAAGUUCUUCUUCAAGUCUAUGGACGACGACUUCGGAGUGGUGAAGGAGGAGAUCUCAGAUGACAAUGCCAAGCUACCCUGCUUCAAUGGCCGGGUGGUGUCCUGGCUAGUGUCAGCUGAGGGCUCGCACCCAGAGCCAGCCCCCUUCUGUGCUGACAACCCAUCAGAGUUACCACCGCCUAUGGAGCGCACAGGAGGCAUCGGGGAUUCCCGACCACCAUCCUUCCACCCUCAUGCUGGUGGGGGCAGCCAGGAGAACCUGGACAAUGACACAGAGACAGACUCCUUGGUGUCUGCACAGCGAGAGCGGCCACGCCGAAGGGAUGGCCCAGAGCAUGCAACCCGGCUAAAUGGAACUGCAAAGGGGGAGCGGCGGCGAGAGCCAGGGGGUUAUGAUAGCUCAUCCACGCUUAUGAGCAGUGAGCUGGAGACCACCAGCUUCUUUGACUCAGAUGAGGAUGACUCCACCAGCAGGUUCAGCAGCUCCACAGAACAGAGCAGUGCCUCACGCCUGAUGAGAAGACAUAAGCGGCGGCGGAGGAAGCAGAAGGUUUCUCGGAUUGAGCGGUCCUCGUCCUUCAGCAGCAUCACGGACUCCACCAUGUCACUCAACAUCAUCACAGUUACUCUCAACAUGGAAAAGUAUAACUUCUUGGGCAUCUCCAUUGUCGGCCAAAGCAAUGAACGUGGUGACGGAGGCAUCUACAUUGGCUCUAUCAUGAAGGGUGGGGCCGUGGCUGCUGAUGGACGCAUUGAGCCAGGAGAUAUGCUGUUACAGGUAAACGAGAUCAAUUUUGAGAACAUGAGUAAUGACGAUGCAGUCCGGGUACUGCGGGAGAUUGUGCACAAACCGGGGCCCAUCACCUUGACUGUAGCCAAGUGCUGGGACCCAAGUCCACGUGGUUGCUUCACAUUGCCCAGGAGCGAGCCCAUCCGGCCCAUUGACCCUGCGGCCUGGGUCUCCCACACUGCAGCCAUGACGGGUACCUUCCCUGCCUACGGCAUGAGCCCCUCCCUGAGCACCAUCACCUCCACCAGCUCCUCCAUCACCAGCUCUAUCCCUGACACAGAACGCUUAGAUGACUUCCACCUGUCCAUCCACAGUGACAUGGCCGCUAUAGUAAAAGCUAUGGCCUCCCCUGAAUCAGGGCUGGAGGUUCGCGAUCGCAUGUGGCUCAAGAUUACCAUCCCCAACGCUUUCAUCGGCUCAGACGUGGUGGACUGGCUGUACCACAAUGUGGAAGGCUUCACUGACCGGAGGGAGGCCCGCAAGUAUGCCAGCAACCUGCUGAAAGCUGGCUUUAUCCGCCACACUGUCAACAAGAUCACCUUCUCUGAGCAGUGCUACUACAUCUUUGGCGACCUCUGCGGCAACAUGGCCAACUUGUCCCUCCAUGACCACGACGGCUCCAGUGGCGCCUCUGACCAGGACACCCUGGCUCCUUUGCCGCACCCAGGAGCCGCCCCUUGGCCCAUGGCUUUCCCUUACCAGUACCCACCACCCCCGCACCCCUAUAACCUACACCCGGGCUUCCCAGAGCUGGGCUACAGCUACGGUGGGGGCAGUGCCAGCAGUCAGCACAGUGAAGGCAGUCGGAGCAGUGGCUCCAACCGUAGCGGCAGCGAUCGGAGGAAGGAGAAGGACCCAAAGGCUGGGGACUCCAAGUCAGGUGGCAGCGGCAGUGAGUCGGACCACACUACACGCAGCAGCCUGCGGGGGUCACGUGAGCGGGCGCCCAGCGAACGCUCGGGCCCAGCAGCCAGCGAGCACAGCCACCGCAGUCACCACUCGCUGGCCAGCAGUCUGCGCAGCCACCACACACACCCGAGCUACGGCCCUCCAGGAGUGCCCCCUCUCUAUGGCCCCCCCAUGCUGAUGAUGCCCCCACCUCCUGCGGCCAUGGGGCCCCCAGGAGCCCCUCCGGGGCGCGACCUGGCCUCUGUGCCCCCCGAACUGACCGCCAGCAGACAGUCCUUCCGCAUGGCCAUGGGAAACCCCACCAAGAAUUUCGGGCUGUUUGACUUUCUGUGAGCCCCCAGCGAGGGGAGGCCCAGCCUCCGAGGAGACCAGGAACCCUGCUUCAGCAGCCCCUCAGGGCUUCCCAAGGAUGUCCAGCCCCCACACCCACACUUCAACAUAUUGAGUCACUAGGCUUCUGGGGAGGGACCCCAGCUUUCUUUACCCAUUCAUGGGAGACUCUUCUUUCCAGAAAAAGUAUUCUCAUUCUCUCAUUCUCUCUCUCUCUCUCUCUCUCUCUCUCUCUCUCUCUCUCUCUCUCUCUCUCUCUCUCUCUCUCUCUCCCU